ACUUGCAUCUGUUACAAGUCAUUCACCCAGAUUUUGAGAAUUAUCAUCCUGUAGAUGAACUUGACCCAGUCAUUUGGAAAAAAAAAAUUUUAGCGCUUCAGAAGCAUAAUACACAAUGUUGCAGCGGCUUCUAGAAAUUCACAUUCUACGGGAUCAUAAGGGCAAAAAUGAAUAUGUCUGGUAUGGAAAACCCCCCUAAAUAACAAUUUAUAUUCAAACCCAAAAGCAUAGUAAUGUGUUGUAUUCUCAUCUAACAUUCUUUAAGGUUUGGGCAGAAAAGUAAAGCUUUUUCUCCAUGUCUUGUAAUCAAAGAUCACCCCCGGCGCAAGCUCAAACAUGGUAGACGUCUGCCAUGGCUGCAGCCAUCUCUUCUUUAUUCCCGCUCUCAAAAGCUCCCGCCGUUGCCAGAAUGAUGCUGUCCCAUUAUAUCUCGGGGAUUAUCCGGUGAAAAGAUCCGCCCAUGGGCUUUUUAUCUCGUUGUUAAUGUAGGUUUGGAACUCUCCAAAAUAUAACAACCAUUUUGCAGAAUCGUCUCGACGGCAAAAGACGUAGCGGAGGAAUAACGUCUCUCAAAAAUACUGUUCAUGGAGUCCACGAUAAGGUCCAGUAUUUUUAAUGAACUUUUGAAGAACGGGGUCAUUUAUCUCUCUGUGGUUUCCGACGCAGAACACAUCAAUCACCAUGACCAUUAAGGUGGAAUUAUACAGGUGAGGAUAAAAAGCUCCAGAUUCGGCCGGCAUUUUGUUCGUCAGUGUUGAAAAGAAGAAGCCUAUGAUCUCAAUGGAACAGAAACAUGAGAUCAUUAAAAGCAUGAGCGUGGUGUUAGGGUAUAGUGGACAUUGCCCGCGAGUACGGUCGUAUCACGUCAACGAUAUGUACAAUUUUGAAACAGAAGGACCAGAUCAUGAGCAAAGGGAUCACCAUUAUCUCGAAGAGAAGGUCGAGUGUGAAUGAAGAGAUAGUGAGAUCGCUGUUAUUGUGGAUGAAAGUGAAGCAGUUGGCCGGAGAAUACUUUUCUACCUAUAAGUGCGUGAUACCACAAAGAUAUAUAGGUGAAUUGCUGUCUACCGAAGUUCUCCGCCGUUAGUCUCAUCGAAUCUUAAGAGCAAAUAUGACUAGACCGGAAGCUUUAUACACACCUGCCUCGUUUUAGUAGUUAAUCUGAAAUGUGAAUAAACCAGAAGCUUCCUCGUCCGCUCGAUCAUUGUCCCAGGAGGCCAGGACCAUCACUCAACUUCCGACUAUUGUUUUCUCAUCUGGCGAAAGGAAACUUUCUUUCAAAUUCUCCAAAACAAAAAAAAACAAAAAAAAAAAAACCCCAAAUACUCCGGCCAAUCCGAGACAGUAUUUGAGAACUGUACAUGUGCAUAUCAUGUGAGGCAGAAAAUGAAUGAAAUUUAAAAUGAAUGUUUAUUAAAUUUAUUGAAAAAUGAAGAUGUCAUAGUUGUAGUGCUUUGUUUAAGUGUGACUUUUACUAUUAUGAAUGUGUUUGUUGAUCACAAUAAGUGGGAUGAGGAGGAAAGAUCAGUUACAAUAUAUUGCAGUCGUGUACGCGCUUCAUAAAGUAUUUACACAGCACCAGGUUCGACAACCACUGUCCAUGAAGCUGUGGGUGAGCUCCCCUUACCAGCUAGCUGCGUGCGCACUUAUCAACAAACAUGGAAGUUGACAGAACCACAACGAAAUAAAUUUAUUGCAGUAUUCAGAAAUUACUUGUAUAGCAUCGUUAUAAAAUGACUUCAUAAAGAGGAAGAGGAGAAGUGCCAUGGUGUGGUGUGGCACUUGACAAAAGAUGGGGCUGGAGAGAGUGGUCUUUCCUCAUGAGCUUCCCACCUGGGGGCAUGUUCGUGGUUUGCUUCUGGAGCUGCAGGAAAGAUUGCUUAGUGAAACUGUCAGCGCUGAAGAUGUUGCUGUGCAUAUUCAGAUCAUUGUUGAUGCAAUCAAAACCACACAUUGCCUGGACCAAACAUGGUUGCGGUCAAAGCAUGACCUUGCCAUUGGUGGGGCGAAAGUGGGAGCAAGGCAUAAGGUGGACCAGUAUCACAUCUGGCAUGGCAUGCUUCAGUUCUUAAUGGAAACAGACCAUGAAGAAAAGGAGAAAUUUCUAUUCAGUACUCUUCCCAAUCUCAUUGAGCUGGUCAUCAGAGCAGAAGACCACAUACCACCCAAGGAACUAAGCUUCAGCAGGCAGCAGAAAGGCGGAACAACAGUGCUGACGCGACAGUUUGUUGCCUCCAUUCUGGCAUGCUCGUUUCUCUGCCUAUUUCCAGAAAGGACACAUGACAGAGCAUCUAAGCUGAACAGCAUAAACUUUACACACUUUUUUAAGCUUCUGCCACAGCCUUCUCAGGUUGCCAAACUACGGUGCAUAUUGUGCUACUUUGAACAAAUAAUCAAAGCAGGCUUGGAGAUAUCUGGUAGCAUCACAUUCCGUAGACAGGUUGCAGAGAAGACUGCUUUGCCAUCAGUGGAAGACUUGUUAAAGUCUAAUGCAGCUCUUUGCCCACUUGUUGUCCAUCUGGAAGGAGGCAUUGAAGAUGCUGAUUCUAAUGCGAUACAGGUGAACUUUGCAAAUCGAUCAAUUGGUGGAGGAGUUUUAGGGCAAGGUAAAGAACAGGAGGAAGUUCGAUUCUGCACUUGUCCAGAACUGAUAGCAGCUCUGCUGUUCAUGGAAAACAUUGAGGACAAUGAAGCUAUAAUCAUCACUGGAUUUGAACAGUUUUCUCAGUGCCGAAGCUGUGGUGGAUUGUUAGAGUAUGAAGGGCCAUAUAAAGUAAAGGCAGAGAAAGAGCCAGGAAUUGUGCUCAAUAGAGUGUGUAUCAUUGAAGCCAUGCCAUACAACUGGGGUGGUCACAAGCGGCAGUACCUUCAGUCCUUUAUCCUGAAAGAGAUCAGCAAACUGUUUGUGGGAUUUUGUUGGGUGGAGACAUUCCAACCACAGCCACUACAUGGUGUUGCAAGAUGCACUUCUUCUGACAGAGAGGAAGACUUUAUGACUGCCCCUGAAAAUAUGGAUGAUGAAGAUGCCAGUGAAGAGGUGGGAAAGCUUGCCCAGCUGGCCCACACCAUGUCUUAUCACUUGCUGUCACAAGGUCUUGUGGAAGCAGUGCACAUUAUGUCAUCUUUGGACAAAAAGCUGAAGCUGCCUUCAAUUCCUGCUGAAGAUCCACUUGAUAGGGGGGACCUUUCACCUUUUGGCCCCACACCACCUAGGGGUGGUAGAGGACAGAGCUGCAGCACACCUCAGGAUGAACCUGAUCCUCUUGCUCAGGUGGCAAGAGAGGAGCUUGCUAGCACCCCUUCCCAUAGACAUGGAGGGAAUGGGGAGUGCUUGUCACUUCCAGUGUUGGUGCGUUUACCUCAGAACGGCAGCUGUGACCUUCUGGAAGUAGAUUAUUCUGAAUGGCUGGCUAACUUCCGCCGCCGAAGUUCUCAGCUGAGUGACCUAACAUCUCGCAGAAGCAGUUCCAGCACCAAGCACAGCUCAGAACUCAGUUCCGAUCUGGAAGAGAUUUAUGAAAACCUUGUGCAAGCAGAGAAGCUGCAGCAUGGCAUUAUUGAAGAGGAGUACUAUGGAUCUGCUGUGUCUGACUAUGCAGCACAGUUUGUGGAUUCUCUCAUGCAUGAAGGUACAUCUAUCGCUGCACAGAUGCUGCCAGGAAUGCGGCAUUUUGACCAGAUGACACCACUUGAAGGAGUGCAUCGACCUAUGGCAGUGCGGUUUGCAGGGAGUGGUGUCCUGUGCAACUUCACAGCUGCUGCAGAGGAUGAAAAUGGAGAGAAUGAUGAUUUAGACUUCAUGGUGAAUGAUGAAGCUGUUGGCAGCAACAGAAUGCAGUUCCAUACCUUUAGCAUUCCAGAGUUUGCUCAAAGUAUUGUAGAGUCAGCAGUGAAGUGUGGUGCUGCAGAAGCUUCAUUGUGCCUACUGUCUAGAGAGGUAGAUCAUAAGCCUGAUCGCAACCCUGACGACAUUCCAGAUGAUGUAUACCGAUGGUUUGCAGACAAAAUUGUCCAAGAGGUAUUUGCUCAUGUUGUGGAUGAGCUUUAUUUCCAAAGGUUUACCUCUGAAUCCUUCUGGAGAACUGACCUUUGUGUCAACCGAGAAGGCAUUCCUCGCAGGGCUGAUCAAAUAGAAAGGACUGAGUCCAUGUCAUCCAGUAGCAGUAUCAGCAGCUGCACUGGCAGUGCAGACUUGCCAAAUAAAUCUUUGAGGGCAUCUGCAUUUCAGACAUUUGCUCCAGAAUCCGUUCAGAAACCAGAGGAAGAAAGUUUAGAAGGCAGGUCUUCUUUAGGAAGUGGCUGCAAAGAGAGAGUGUCAGUCUCAAAAACAGUGAGACUUGGGGACAUGCCAGAACCAUGGCCUGGUGAAGUGGGCAAGAAGAUGCCAGCUUCCAUAAAAUUCAGUGGUAGAGUUGUGGAGGAUGAAGCUGCAAAAUCUUCGCUCACUGCCAGUGUAUGCAGCAUUCCACCCACUUCACCCAAAGUAUCCGUUGCCUCACCACAAGUCCAGAAACUUUGGUUAACUCAAUUUUCUGCAGAAGAGCAGAAUUCUACAAUUGCCCAGAGUUGGUUUCCAGAGCAUGAUGGUGGUUCUCUGUGUAGCGAGGAAACUGGUGCCUUAAAAAGUCCCCUGAUUUCUGCCCAGGGGGUGCUUCCCAACAGGGAGAUGUCUGUAGAGACACCCGUCGCUUUAAAAUCUACAGUUGCAUCUGCUUCGUUGCAGACACUUACAGAUGAUUCUGGUGCAGUGGGUACGACAUUUUCAUGCGAAUCUCAGACAAGUGCUGCUGACCAGUCAUCUAGUCUAAGUGCACAAGACCUUAACCUAGACUACUAUAAGAUGGCAGCAACCAUUGUCAACCAAGUCUUUCAGUCUCUUCCUGAUUAUAUCAACAAGAUGGCAGAAGGAGAGAAGGGAUCGGGCCCUAGAUCCCUUCUUUACUCAUUUCAUGGCAGGAAAUAUGAUUCAAGCAUUGCACCAAGAAGCAGCUAUGAGGCUGCUGCAAUGGCUAUUGGGAGUCUGGACAAAGGAAAUGUUGUGAGAGAGAGCUAUCUGUCUGCUGUGUCAGGGGCAUCUGGUGCAAGUGGGGAUGUUGGUUCCAGGCGGAUCCGAUCCCAGUCUCCCAGCAAAACAUGGCUAUCGAAGCGUUUGAGCCGAGAAACUUUAACAAAUGCAUUUCUGAGAACAGAGAACAAACCAGCAAUAAAGAGCUAUGAACGUCGGAGCAGUGAACCAUGUCAGCGCAGUGUGAAUCUUUCCCUACAAGCUUAUGGCAGCCAUUGUGAUAGAAGCGAGGAUAGAAGAUACAAGAAAUCUCGCACAGAUGAUGACCUGGAGUCUGUCAAAGCAGACUCCUGGCGGCGGAGCUCGCUGGACAGUAUACCCCUUGACCGUAGGCGCAGCUCCUGUGGCUUCAAAGACCCUGUUCUUUCACGGUUUGCUCAGGAGCUAAUGAAUGCUGACAUAUCUGUUCCUCAGCUUUUUUUGGUGGGAUCUGGAUCAAGCCCCAGCACAACAGGCUCUAGGAGAAGCAGUGUGAGUGGAUUCCGUGACACGACUCUUGCGACUUUUGAAAGUGAGCUCCUCAACUCAAGCUUUGGGCAAACUCUUCCAAGCCCAUGGCUGAGGUAUCCAAACUUCAGCCAGAGUCGCGAGUCUCGCCUGUGGAAGUCGGACAGCUCUGAGACGGAGUACUGGUUCCCCAUUCCCCGUCGAGUAGGCACAGAAUUUCAGGAAGAGCUAGAGCGCAUCAACAGGUGUCAGAGUGUAGAUGAGGUAGAAGACUAUGCGGAUUUUGUUGCAACCACCAUCCUUCAGCAGGCCGUGAGCAUCCUGCAUCAUGACAUGAAGGAAGUCACGCAGGAAGAUGAAGACAUCAGCAUUUUUUCUGAGAAUUUGGCUGACCAAAUCCUUCGUGAGGGACUGGUUGCUGCAGUGGAGACCAGCAGCACAGGAAGAUCAAUAAAGUUUUCUCAUUCUGUGUCAGGCUCAGAGCAAGAUUUUUCUUUGAGCUCACAUGACCUGACAGCUCAUUCAUACGAUGACCAUCAGCUUGAUUUCUGUGAUGCACUUGACAUUCCGUAUAGCUGUGUGGACAGCUUUGCUGCCAACCUGGCACAGUCCAUCAUGCUGAGCGUGGUGGAACAGUUUGGAGAGGUCUUGAAAAGGUUUGUUCCAUAUGGACGACCAAUUGCUACUGGUAAUUGGGACUGGAAGGGAUUCCAUGGAGAUCCAUUUUUGAAAAUGCUGAUACAGUGGAUAGCUGCAAGCAUAGCACAGGCUCCACAAUUGAUUUACUUCACUUUAGGGGAUGAACGGCUCAAUCAGAUGCAUGCCUUGGCCAGACUGCUCAAUGAACAAAACUGGACAGUUGGUCAGUUAAUGACCUCCAUCCAAGCCUAUUGUCUUUUGGUUCUGGAUGAAAUGGACUUGUGGGAGAAAGACACAGAUGCUUUAGCCACCUCUGAUGUGGACAGAUUCAUUCCGUCACAAACUCUUUUUGACUUUUUGCUCUGCCAGUUAUGACAGCAGAUGGUGUCUGUAUGCAUGUUCUGAUGUGAUCUGUUGUAUGUUUCAAGAGCUGUAUCAUAGCCUGCAGAUAUACAUUUCUAUGUUAAAUUUUGUUUUGUCUGUUCAUAUUUCUGGAAGGUCUUAUUUCAUCCACUGUUUCUCUGUCCUUUUCAUUGAUGAAAUUCUGGUUAAUUUUGUUGAAUGUAAAUUUUUUUGUGACCAGUUGUGAUACGUGUAGAAGAGGAACAGACUUUAUUUUAGAGUAAAAAUUUUGCUACUUAUAUUUUGUUUCUAUUUCUUGCAGAAGUGUUUCUUUUUCUUUUGGUAAGAACGUAAAACUAAAAUUAUAUAUGUAUAUAAAAGAAAAGCUAGGAAACUGUUUAUUUGCUAACCCUACAUUUUUUUUGUUUUCAUAUUUAAAGAACCUGUUACAAAUGGAAUUUAAAAAAGUUAAUGCAUCUGUUGGCAUGGGGUAUGGAUCUCAAGAAAAUAUUACCAUUUUAAUAGUCAUUUAUGUAAUAAUUUUUUUCCACUCCUCCCCCCUCCCCACUCUCUCUCCUUUCUCACCCCAUCUUGUCUUUUCUGAAAAGUUUACCUGCAUUUUUCAGAGAAAAAAAAUCAACAGAUUUGUAUAUUUUAGCUUUGAACUCAGCCAUUCAUGGCACUUCUUUUGGAAUCUUGCCAUUUAUCAAGCUCAGAUUUUCCCAGAUAUGUAGACUGUUGUUUAAGUGUUUUCUACAGAUCAUUGUCCCAAAUAUUUGUGAUUAGAAUUCACACAUGCUAAAUAUGUAUUUGUUGACUGUAUUGUGAAGAAAACCCGUUUGUUUCCGGUAAAAAAUAAGAGCAAGAAACUUUAGAUGUUUUUAGCCGCUAGGUAGAUUAAGAUUCUGUCAAAAGAUUUCCGCUACUAAAUGCUACAUUUAUCAGUAAGAUGUAUAUUGUAUAGAUAUGUUUAUAAUCAGCAUUUUCCCCUCCACAAUAAUUUUCAACAGCAGUGACUCUAAGGUGUAAAUUGAGCCCUUGCACCUUGAAAUCACCUCAUUUAUUUAGUAAUUUUAUUUCUUGUAGAAUGGGCAUAGGAAUAAAAUAUUGGCUAUGUCAUAUAAAUCAAGUUAUAAAAAAUGGUGCAAAACACAGUAAACCACCAGAAAAGCUUUCAUCCUGCUUGCAAAUUAUGGCUUCGAUUCAUAUUUUUAAAAAAUACUAAUUUUUGUUUUGUUGGUUACUGAUAAAAUCACUUUUAUAAAGAAAGAAGUGGACGAUGAACUAUUAUUAGCAGUAAAGAGACUUGCAUAAUAUUUCUUAGAAAGAAGGACUUCUUACACAGGUUCAGGGAAGCAGUAUCUCAUGGGGUCAAAACCCCAGUAAGUGGAAGAAACAGGGUCUUAAAGUAUUUAAAAAAAACCUUCUGAAUUGUAACAAGUUAAACGUUUUUUCAGAAUUUGAAAUACUGUUGCUUAAUGCAUGAAGGUUGGUUUCAUGCUUGGUUUGAGCAGAGGUUUAGCGUGUAGCUAACAUGCUUUUAAGUUAUUGUUUUCGUAGUGGAAAUUUCAACAUGUGAGUUAGGAAAGCUGCAACAUUGGUUUUGACAUGCCAAGUAUUGUUUUAACAUUUUCCUUUCUACACCUGUCUAACAAGAAAUUUUACAACAUUUAGAAAUAUAAAGAAUUUUGCUGAAAAGAAAUAGGGUGAAUUUUUUGUGUGGCUUUAUAUAAAGGUUUACUUCAUUAAUGCUGUUAACUAACACUUGUCAACAAAAUUACUACCAAUUGUAAUGUAUAUUUUCAUGCAGUGUGUACAACCUUCCAUAGAAUACUCAAAAUCCUCUUUUUUUUCCAACUUUCUCAGCUAUUGUGAAUGUUCAGGUCUGGUCUUUUAUUCUCAAGGUGAUUUGAUUGUGGAUUCUGAAGAAGAAAUUCUUUAAACUUUUGGACCUCCCCAUGUAAAAUAAUUAUUCAGAUGUAUAACCAUUUCUGAUAUUUAAAUAACAAUGUGGGCAUAGAUGUCAGUGACUGAUUUCAAGUUCAGAUUCAGAAGUAUUGCAGCUAUUUCCAUAGCAGUGCAAGAAAUACCUACCUACCUAAUCAAGAUUUGCCAUUCAUUUCAUUGCUUUCGGUUUUAUUUCAUUACAGAAUCAGGGAUGGAGGGAGUGGGGAGUUGUUUUCAUUCUUUCUUUCCCACUUGUCAGAAUAGAACAUCUCUUGUUCCCUUCUGUUCCUUUGAUCAUAUUUUUUAAAGAAAGUAGAAUGCUUUUGUGAUUGUCGAGAUUACAAGCUAGUCACUUGCUAGUUUAUUACCUCUUGUGGGAAAACUUAUGCCCACCCUGACUGGUCUGUGCAUAACACCUGCUCCAUUCUUUUGUGGGUGUUUAUUAAAUCAGCUUUAAAGCCAUUCCAUUUUUAUGGGUUGAGACUGAAGGUAUGCUGGGGGUAGCGGGGGAUGAGAGGUGUGUGUAAUUAAAGUGUGCAUGCUUGUAUAUCUGUGAGUCCAGUUUAAGUGAUGAGAAUUGUUACGUCACAGCUGGUGUUUGUACAUGAUGUGAUAUCAUUGCAUAGAAUAAACAUAUAGGCAUCAUAUGCUUGCUCAGUUAGCAUAUUCAAGAUUGCUUCUCUCUCUUUUUAAGUUACAGUAGACUGCUUUUCAGGCUGCUUUCAAAGUGUUUGCAGCAAAAUAUAUUUUGAUAUAUCCAAAAGUUUUCCUCAUUUGGUUCAUCAAGUUCAAGCGCUGGAUUUGAUGAGCAACUGUAAUUUUAUUUUACAAAAAGUGCAUACAAAUCUCAGAACUUACGGCUGAUGCAUUUUGUGUAUGGAAUUUAAGAGUGUUGCUGCAUCCUGCAACCUAACCUAUUGUAUUUCACAAAUAUAUUUCAACAGCAGCUUCAGAGACAAAAUUGUUCUAUAAAUUAGUAGAUGGCAUACAUAAGUAAAUAUAACACAAAGCGUUUUCCUUGUAAGAAUGCUAGUUAAAAGUAUGGUCCAUUUAUCAGGCCACUCUGCCUUCUUCAGCUAAAGCACAAAUGUUGAAACCUAAGCAUGCAUGAGCUUAAGCACCACAAUUUUCAUUUUGGUGGGUGAGUACUUAUGCAGAGCACACUGUAUUAAGAGGAUGCUAGCUACACAUUCUGAAUGACAUGUUGUUUUAAUUGACUCUAGGCUUUAGUAGUAGCCCCGUUUGGUUUCUUAUUGAAGAUCUUAAGAGUGACCUUAAGAUUUUUAUUUAAAAAACUGAACUUUCAUCUCUCCUCCACCCCUCCCUCCCCCUGAAAAAAAUUAUUUAAAUGGAAUAACAUGUAGAAAAGUGAAAUGACUCAUUCACUUUCCAUAUUCUACCAGUACCCUCCCCUUUUAGUUUCUGUUUGGACAUUUCUUUCCUUUGUGCUCUCUUCAUCUUUCUCUUUCAAUCACUGUUUCUAUGAGUCCUGUUAUUUUGCAAUGUUUCAUUGUAAUAAGAUUUCUGGCUAGUGCAUGCAGAGGGGUGUGUAUGUUAAAUAAGGAGUAAAGCUUUUCAGGAUAAUGUAGACCUAAAUUUAAUACAUGGUGUAUCAAUUCUGCUUCAUUAUUUUUUUCUUUUAACUUGUGCAAAGUAUAUUCUGAGUAAUGUUUGUUAUGCAGACUUCAUCUCAUUUUGGGGUUUUUGUUGUUUUUCCUCUUUGUAUAUGGAACUCAUUGUAUAUUUUCAACUGCUGUAUUACUGAAAACUAAUAUACAAUAAUGAAAGCAAUAUUCAUUUUAUUAGAUAUUGCAGAUCUCUGUUAAAAAAAGACAGAGUAUUACAUUUUACUUUGGGGGUGUGGAUGGUAAACUGGAUGGACAGCAAGAACAGGAGUGCAUCUGAAAAAUAGAUAAAUGAUCAGACAAAUUUCGGUGUGGUUUUUUUUGCUGAUGUUGUUAAAUAAUACAAAUGCUGUUUACAGAUUCUGUUUAUUCUGCUAAAAUUAUUUGCAAAAUUUGCCCUCAUCCUUUAGGUCGCUUUGGAAAACACAAAGUUUGAAUGUUGGUUAUUAUUGUUAUCUUUGGAAAAGAGUUUGUUUCAGGUCCAAUCGUAGUAACGCAGUCCACAUUCUUUUUUGUCUACUGACAAUUUAAAGUGCCUUUUUGACUUGCAUAAAGAGUUAGCAUAACUUUAAAGACAGAACCCACAUGAUAAAUAGGCUGAUGAGAUUUCAGUUUCUUUAAAUUUCUCAUGCAACCUGUCCGUAUUUUGGAUGGGAGUCCUGAGCUUUAUAUUGCCACCUUUCAGUGUAAGGAGCAGACUAAAUGUUGCUGUUCUCGUGGUAGAUUAUCCAUCUUAAAAACUGUCCCGUGUUCUAAUACCAUUUUUUUGUGACCUGUCUUGUGCUUCUUGUCUGACCUGCCAGGGGUCAGGUUUUAAUUGUCUUGUAAACCUGUUAACCCAAGUUUUUCUGAGCAUAUCCCAGAUGUGUUGUUAGUCAAGUUUCAGAGAUCUAGUCAUUCAGAAAAAGUUCAAACUUGUAACAUCAUGUUUGUCCACAGAUAGGCCUAACUAAUGUUUGUUCCCAGCUCUCUCAUUGGCUGCAGCCUUGACAGGGCAUAUGUAUCUCUGUACAAUCCUGAUAUGUGUGGUAUUGACCCUGACUCGCGCAGGGUGACAUUUGUAUCUCAUGAAUGAAAGGGGGGCACUGACCUAUAUUUUGUAACUUCCAGUAAGCUUUUCGUUGUUAAUAAAGAAUUUGCAUCCCACCAGGCCUUUAAAUGCAGUAGUGGUAUCUUAUGUUUGAGGAUUAAGGGAAAGUGCAGAGAAAUCUGCAAUGGUUUCUAGAAACAACAGUAGAGAGAAUGUAGACACAUUUCAAAUUUUUUUUUUUAAACUGUUAAUAUGACACAACCAUCAGGGAAUUGACUAUUUUUAUAGAUUUAUUUCAUUUACCCCAGCACAUAGAAAAGCUACCAAUUAUUCAAAAAAGUUUUCUUUGUAAUUUUUAGCUCGUUUGCCAUCCUCACUUUCCUCCUUUUCUGUUCAGUGCUUUCCACUUUCCUUUUCCUGCCAGUUUUAUUUGUUUAGGUGAAUGCUGGACACCUGUAUAGGCUUGGUGAUGCUGUUCAUUCAGAAUUUGAUACUGCUUGCGCACCAGUUGAUCUGUCCUAUCACCUGUUGAUGAUUCAUGCUCUGAAUGAAGUUCAUUUUAAGGAGACAUGGAGUGCAUUUUAUCAGCCCUAAAUCAGGAAUAAUGUGAUAGCUUGUGAUAGUAUCUAGUCAGUGUUGUUCAGUAGACAAUGCUUCAAUUCAGUGUCUUUUUUUAGCUUUACAUUUGAGUCCUGCUUCAUUUUUUUUUUUUUUUUUGGUAUUGUGCACAGUGUUUCUGGUAUCAAGUUCUGGUCUUUUUCUGUGAACAUUUGAAGAGAUUUAGGCAAUAGCAAGGAAGGAAGUAGAAAGCAUUCGCACACCUGUGUGGAUAUGCUUGGGUUGUGUUUGUAUGCAUGUGUGAAUACAUUCAUAUAUAUGUGUACACAUCGGCUAAUGUGUAAUGUGUAUGUUUUCCUGCAUCUAGUCCAUGCUUAAGAUACACAACUGGCCUCAAGUCUUGAAAGUCAUUCACUGAGGCUUUAAGAGCAUUUCCAGUUGGACAUUCCAGUGUCAGACACCAGCAGUGUCAGGGAGCUAUUGUGGACACUUUUGAAUUUGUUUUAUUAAUGUUAAGAAUUUCUGGAUGGAGAUCAUUUGCGCUAUGUAAUUUGAUAAUUCCUUAUGUACAUAACUGCACUUCCCAACAUUGUUGCCAUAUAACGCUUUGUGAAACAUGA